AUGAAGACCACACAGUUACAAACUCUACAGAAACAUCUGGAUGAAAUAAACAAGACAAUGUCUGGCAUCAAGGAUGAAAUCAAUGCAGGAAACAAAGCUACUGAAAGUGAUAACUUAUCAAAUAUUUUUAGCAUAAAUUCUAAAGUAGAUUUAUACAGAAGUCUUCCACACAAAAUUAUGCCAUUUUUACCCAAAUUCAAGCCGGGAAAAAACCAAGGAGAAAAACUCAGUAAAGUAUUUGGAAGUUUAUCGUCAGGUUCUCUUACUUCAGACAAACAUGGCUACGGCAUGAAGACAACAAAGAAAUCACCAGAAGCUGGAUCCUCUCCUCCAGUCAAAGAGCUGCUUGAUGAAACAGAAAUUGCCGCCACCAUAGACACUGGGUAUGGAGUACUUUACAGUGUGGCCUGUCUGAGUGAUGAAAAAAUCUGGACAAGUGGCUAUGAUAAAACCAUGAACCUCUUCAGCAUCAAUCAGGGAUCAGUACUAAAGUCAAUCAGAACUAAGUCAGGGAGAUGGCCAUAUGACAUAGCAGUGACAAAAAGUGGUAAUCUACUAUAUACUGAUUACAAUGAUAGAACUGUGAACAUUGUGAAGAAUGAGAAGAUAGAGGAGGUGAUCAGAAUACAGAACUGGAGACCUUGGGGUCUCUGUAGUACCUCCUCUGAUGACCUCCUGGUUAUUAUAUACAGUGAUGAUAACAAACAGUCAAAAGUUGUCCAUUACUCAGGCUCCACAGAGAAAAAAAUCAUUCAGUUUGAUGACAUAGGCAAUUUUUCUAGUCCUUAUUACAGAUACAUAACUGAGAACAGGAACCUGGAUAUCUGUGUGUCUGACAGUAGAGCUAAAGCAGUAGUAGUGGUCAAUCAGGCCGGGAAACUGAGAUUCAGGUACACUGGACAUAGUCCUGCUCCAAAGAACAAACCAUUCAGUCAACGAGGAAUUUCCACAGACAGUCAUAGUCACAUCCUUUCAGCUGAUGAAUACAAUGACUGUGUCCACAUCAUAGACCAAGUUGGACAGUUCCUCCAUUACAUAGUCUGUGGACUGAGUGAUCCCUGGGGACUUUGUACAGAUACAAAUGACAAUCUGUUUGAUGCUCAGUAUGGAAACAGACAGAUGAAAAAAUUGAAAUAUCUGCAAUAA